UGUUUGGCGACCCGUCGCCACAAGAGAGCUCUGCGUUUAGAGUUAUCGGAAAUUUGGGCCUAAACGGCCAUUAAUUUAUCCGUUUUCCCGCAGCUGGGGAGCGGAAAACGCUCUGCGGGGCGAGGAAGUUCCCACAACAAGGGGAAGAGCACCUUUUCCGGGGUUAAUCCCCCGCUUUUUUUGCGCGCCACUUUUCUUAAUCUUCUUUGGGAGACAUUUUGGAUUUGGUGUCUCUUGUAAUUUUUUUUCUCGGUUUGUUUAGUGGUCAAGAUGUCGCCGUAAUGGAGUCUCCGGGUUUGACAGACAUGAGCAAGGGCCUUCGUCGCCUGACCCGCACCUCUUAUAACAACCCGCUUUUUUCGUUUCUUGUCCCGUUUAAUGCUAGAGAGCUCGGCUGCUCUCUCCCUGGAGCUCGGCCUCAGUCCUCCUUCACCCAGAGACAUGGAGAAAAACCCCAGCGCCAGCACCAAGGCCCCGCCCCGUUCCAGCUCCACAGGCCCAGCGCCAACCGACUCUAAAACUAAAACAGAUGCAAAGAAUAAUGGCAGCUCCAAGCGCUACAACCGUAAGCGGGAACCUGCCUUCCCCAAAACAGAAAGCUUUCCCGGCCCCCGUCGCACCCACCCACAGAAAAGCAAGAAUUUCGACAAGAGACCCCCCCAGAGAGGUGGAGGAGGAGGUAGACAGGGUGGGCUCAUGGGCGGUGGGAGAAGAGAAGAGGUAGCCGAGACGCACCGGGCCGAGUUCAGCCCGGCUCAGUUUUCUGGACCUAAAAAGAUCAGUUUGAACCACUUGCUCAAUUUUACCUUUGAGCCGCGUGGAGGCCAUGUCGGCUCCGGAGGCGAUGGGCAUUCGUGCUGGGGUCGCCGCAACAAAUGGGGUCACAAACACAAGCCCUUCAACAAGGAGCUGUUUCUGCAGGCCAACUGCCAGUUUGUGGUGAUUGAUGACCAGGAUUAUCAAGCUCACUUCACUGAUCCUGACACUCUGGUCAGCUGGGACUGUGUGCAGCAGGUGCGCAUCUACAGCCACGAGGUGCCGUCGUGCCCGAUCUGCCUGUACCCUCCAGUGGCAGCGCACAUCACUCGCUGUGGCCACAUCUACUGCUGGCCCUGCAUGCUGCACUACCUGUCUCUGAGCGAGAAAACCUGGUCCAAGUGUCCGAUCUGCUACGAGGCCGUGCACAGCGCAGACCUCAAGAGUGUUGUUGCUAUGGAAACGCGUCAGUACAUGCCUGGUGAUGUCAUCACCAUGCGCCUGAUGCGGCGGGAGAAAGGCGUGUUGGUGGCUCUGCCCAGCUCCCAGUGGGUUAAAGUAGAGGAACCCAUUCGCUUUGGAGAUGUGCGUCUGAGCUCGUAUUCCAAGCUGCUGCUGGCGUCUCAGGAUCAGGUUCUGGGUCUGUUGGAGGAGGAGAGGGCAGCACUUAAGGCUCAGCUGAAGCAGGAACAGGAUGACCCACAAGCCUGCUUCAUACAGAGCGCCUUGCUGCAACUGCAGGAGCGAGAGAACAGCCUGCUGAAGCGGAAUGUUCCGGAUAAAGGCAGUGUGGAGGGCGUAGAUAUGAGGAAGCUCUCUCUGACUGAUUCAGCUGUCACUGAGGUGGUGGAGGUCAACAAGCUCGCCAGCUCCAAGCCAGUUCUGCUGUACGCCUCAGCAUUUGAUGAUGAGAUUCAGGAAACCACUGAUGAACUUCCUGAAGCUGUGCAGGAAGCUGAACAGGAAGUGACCGAGGUGGCUGACCAGGUGUCUGGUCCAGGAGAGGAAACCCUGACUAAUGAGGCUGGGCCACAGCAGAACUCUCAGCCUGGUCCAUACUACUACUUCUACCAAGCGGAGGACGGGCAGCAGAUGUUCCUGCACCCGGUGAACGUGCGCUGCUUGCUGAGGGAGUACGGCAGCCUGGAGAACAGUCCUCAGUCCAUCAGCGCGACUGUAGCAGAGAUCGAAGGCCACACGGUUAACGAGGACGUUCGUCGUCGACACCGUUACCUAUCUCACCUGCCACUCACUUGUGAGUUCAGCAUCUGUGAGCUCAACCUCCAGCCCCCUGUCGUCUCCAAGGAGACGCUGGACAGCUUCUCAGAUGAUCUGGAGCGCAGGAGGCGUAUGAGGCAGAAAAAAGCGAGGGAUGAGAAGAGGAGGGAGAAAAGGAUUGAGAUGGAAGAGAACAGGAAGCAGGGGAAAUAUCCAGAGGUGCACAUCGGGCUGGAGAACCUGCAGCAGUUCCCAGCGUUUGGUUCUCCUCCUCAGCACAGCCCACCAGGACAGAAUGCGGAGUUCCUGCUUGGACCUCUGUCUCCUCUGAGCAGCAGUCCUGUCUCGGACGUUGUGAUGUUCCCUAGGCUAAACGGGACUGGGCCGUCCUUCAGCGUAGGCAGUGUGGAGGAAGACUUGCCCUGCAUGUCCUUUGCACAGAUGCUGAGAGACGGGAAAGCACGAGCAGAUGUCUGGCCCAAACUUCCCCCGAAGAAAGAUGUGUUCCUGGCUCCUCCGGUGGCUGAUAGCGAUGGGGAGAGUGACGGAUCGGACCGUGUGCCGGUGCCAAGUUUCCAGAACUCCUUCAGUCAGGCGGUUGAAGCAGCACUGCUGCAACUGGACCACAAACCACCAGCCAAGACUGAAGCUCCGCCCACCACUGAUGAGAAAGGAGGGAAGAAAAAGAAGAAAAAGCAGAAGCUUCUCUUUAGCACCUCGAUGGUUCACACAAAGGUUCAGUGAUGACCUUCAAGAGUUUAACGGACAGCAGUCAGCCAGCUGCUGAAUAUCACCCUUCAUGUCAUCACUGAAGGCCUGAUGCUUUGAGUGAAGAUGUUCUUGGGGGUUUUUUUUGAUCCACUUCAAAGUUCACUGCAAUUGCUGCUCAUUUCCUUCCUGCCCCCUUCUCACCACAGCUCACAAUAAUGUAUUUUCUGCACAGUUCUUAUUUUACUAACCUGUAUUAAAGCCAGAGUUUGGUCUUGAAUGUUUAACUGCUGAAAUUGAGCAGGAGUCUGAUGCUUCAUCGAGGUGCAGCCUCCUUUUUUUUUUUUCCCUUUAAAUGCAUUUAUUUUCUCUUUUUUUUUUGAUUCCGUACUGAGAAUCUGCUUUAUAAAUCUGCAUAUUGAUUUAAGGAAUAAAGAUUUAUGCACCGCC